UCCGUACGGAAUGUUUUGAUUGUGCGCCCGCUCUGUGUACAGAAUGUCCUGAGAAGUGUUGAAGUUUCAGAGGCAGAUCGGGGUUUUAACUGAUGUUUUGCGAGUUAUUAAAAGUGUAGACAAUUGGGUGAUUUAUUACAUGGAGUAUUAGCAACACGAGGACGCGAUUAGGACAGUGAUUCUCCCCGGAGUUCACUCUAUUUUAACUCUAAUCUAACUCUAACUCCGCUCGGCAGUGUUCUCAGUGAGAUCAUGGCGAACCGGAGGGUUGAUUAGCUCAGGGCUUUCUGGCUUUGCGGCUCGAGUUUUCUAUCACACACCUCAGACGCUAGCAGGCGGCUAACCGUGUCCUGAUCUCACAGAGCCUCAACACAGCCAGCUGCAAACAUCUGUCAUCAGCCUUGGAUUCCAGCACGAUGAUGUUGUUCUCAGUCUCUCACAAGACCGUGUUCGUGGUUGACCACUGCCCCUACAUGGCGGAGUCGAGCAGGCAGCAGAUUGAAUGCGACAUGCUGACCAAAAGCCGAGCGCAGGGCAUGAUCCCUCUCGCACCUGUCUCGAAAUCUCUCUGGACCUGUGCUGUGGAGUGCUCGAUGGAGUACUGCCGUAUUCUCUAUGACAUCUACCCUUCUAAAAAACUCGUAAACUACAUUGUUAGUGAUUCAGAAUGUCACAUUUUGAAUACUUGGAGAGAGGAAGACCAGAGCGUUCAAGAGUUAAUGGCUGCACUGGCAGCUGUAGGGCCUCCCAACCCACACGAGGAUCCAGAAUGCUGCAGUAUUUUGCAUGGACUGGUGGCAGCAGUGGAGUCCCUUUGCAAGAUCACGGAGUACCAGCACGAGGCCCGGACGGCUCUUGUAGACGUGGCCCACAGAGUGUCCAACAGAGGGCGCAUCAUCUGCCUUACUAACGCAAAAAGUGACACACACGUACGGAUGCUGGAGGACUGUGUGCUAGAAACCAUUCAGGAACAGAACAAGCUCGCUGCUGGAUCUGACAGACUGAUGCCGAUUCAGCAGUGUGAGCUCGUGCUGGUCCAUAUAUACCCACAAGGAGAUGACACCUUAGUCUCAGACCGGCAGAAGAAAGAGAUGACAUCUGUGCUAAGCAGUGAGGUGCACAGUGUACGUGCUGGGAGGCACCUAGCCUCCAAACUGAAUGUGCUGGUGCAGCAGCACUUUGACUUGGCGUCAACCACCAUCACUAACAUCCCCAUGAAGGAGGAACAGCAUGCCAACACUUCUGCCAACUACGAUGUAGAGCUUCUGCACCAUCGAGACGCUCAUAUGGAGUUCAAGAAUGGUGAUGUCCACACGGGAGGCGGCAGCAGCAAAGACAGCGGAAUAAGAGAAACUGUUACACUCAAAUGGUGUACGCCGCGCACCAACAGUGUAGAGCUGCAUUACUGCACAGGAGCUUAUCGGAUCUCUCCUGUGGAUGUCAACAGCAGACCCUCCUCAUGUCUCACUAACUUCCUGUUAAAUGGUCGCUCUGUUCUCUUAGAGCAGCCACGCAAAGCUGGCUCCAAGGUCAUCAGUCACAUGCUGAGCUGCCACGGGGGGGAGAUUUUCUUACACGUGCUCAACAGCACCCGCUCCACGCUAGAGGAUCCUCCUUCCAUCAGCGAAGGGUGCGGCGGUCGCGUUACUGACUACCGCAUUACCGACUUCGGAGAGUUUAUGAGGGAGAAUCGCCUCACUACGUUCCCACACGUGCUGAUGGACGCUGCUGGGAGAGCACCGUUCGAAAGAGCAAAAGCUCAGCUGGAGCGACACACGCGUUACUGGCCCAUGAUCAUCUCCCAAACCACCAUUUUCAACAUGCAGGCAGUGGUUCCUUUAGCAAACCUGAUCGUAAAGGACACUAUGACUGAGGACGACGUUCUUGCGUGUCAGAAGACCGUGUACAACUUGGUGGAUAUGGAGAGGAAAAAUGACCCUUUACCCAUCUCUACUGUGGGCUCCAGGGGCAAAGGACCCAAACGAGAUGAGCAGUACCGGAUAAUGUGGAACGAGUUGGAGACUCUGGUGAAGACGCAUGUUGAAACCAGUGAGAGACACCAGCAAGUUCUCGAGUGCAUCAGUGCCUGCCGAAGCAAACCCCCCGAAGAGGAAGAGAGGAAAAAACGGGGAAGGAAAAGGGAGGACAAAGAGGAUAAAACGGAGAAGAACGGGAAAGAACCUGAGGAGAAAGGAUGGACUCAAGACACUGAAAGGCUGAAAGGAACAACGGAGCGAGAGAAAGAGAAUGAAAGUGAAUCUGGGGUUAUUAAAGACUCUCCAGAUUCUCCAGAGCCAUUCAAUAAAAAACCCAGACUCAUGUUAGAGGACCUUCAGCCCCAAGAGAAAUCCAAAGGUCCUGUCUCCUUACUGAGUCUUUGGACCAGUAGAAUCACUCAAGCCAAUUCUAGAAAGCAUCCUGAGUUUGCUGGAAGACUCACCUCGAUCAGUAACAAGGCAGAACUCUACCAGCACCUGAAAGAUGAGAAUGGGUUAGUAAUCAUCUCUCCUAGUCCUGUUUUGUGCCCCUAAACCUUUAAUUUUAUUUGCUUGUUGUUUUUUUUGUUUUUU